AUGGAUAGGUCUCACAACUUUUGGACGCCGUCGCUGCAGGCUGAGUUUCAUCGCAAGCUUGCAUCCCUCCGACAACUGACCGAGAUCCCAUCCGAACCACGAGCUUACCCUUUGCAAAUGAUGUCACAAUCUCAAACCCACUCCCUUUCCACCAACGAUGAGAUUCGAAUCGCCGAUUGCAUUUCUUUCCUCGCCCAUUGUAAAGAGGGAGGUAAGUUCGUCUCAACGGUCACCUUGCGCGAACAUCCAGACCGGUUACAAGUGGUACUUGCCGGCAACACAAAACCAUCAUCGAGCGUCUGCGAAGAACUCACGAAAAUCACGGCUCAAUUAAGCAACCUUAGCAGAGAGGGUGGCCUGAAACAUACGGUUCGAGAGCUCCUCGACAUGGUACUUUGCUUUAGCAGCAGCCGCAUUCUUGGCAGAUUGCGUCCGUCGUGGAUGUCACGGCCCCGGCGUCUCAGAUCACCACAACUUUCUCUGCAGGAAAACUUGAGAGACUGCAUAAAGCAAAUUCGAGAAAUUUCGUGCGCUCCUGCGCGAAUCGCACAGCUCCUCGAACUGCUGGAGGACUUGAUGGAGGCUCUGAAGCUUGUCGACCAUCGUGUGGAGAUCAAUGCCCUACCGGAAACUCUCAAGACGAUCGUUAUGAGUUGCGCGCAACUGGCACGUUUGGGGAGCACAAAUUCGAUAGAGGAACAUCUGAAAUCUUUGGGGUUUCGAGCACAAAUUGCCGAGAGCUCAGAGAUCCGCCAGGUUGAUAAGCUGGCGAGGUACUUCUUCACAUGCAGAGACCUAGCUCGACUUUCUAAAGAACCCAGCUAUCGACAUUUGUUCAGCCAUAUCGAGAUCACGACGCUGGAGUCCUCUCCUCGCUUGGUUCGUCCGGGGAGUGUCCAAAAUUGCUUCGUUCACGCGGAAAUUCAACAGGUCUUCUACUUAGAAAAGCAGCCACAUGCGCCAGCGCCACGAGCAAUCGGAUGCAGCAAGUCCGCAUGCUAUUUGUGUGAUCUGUUCAUUCGUACACAUGGCGACUAUGUGGUUUCUCAGACUCAUGGUCGUCUCUACGAGAAAUGGACCCUGCCUGAUGUUGAUUGGAUGGACACCGCCCAGGCGGGGAGACUUCAAUGCGUAGUUCAGAGCAUGAUAAGGGACAUGCAACAAUUGAUUCAACGGUUCGAACACGGUGAACGAAUUAAUUAUCGUUACCCGCUUGAAAGCCGGGCAUGUCUGCCUUUGUUGAGUGGAAACAACUCAAGCCUAACUGGACGACGCGUGGAGAGUGAGGACGCAGUCCAAAGACGGCAAAGCAAUGCUGCAGACGAGAUGCUCCCUAGAUGCCAGUCGUUGCCCGCUAUAGUCUCACCUUUCAUUAAGAUCACCGAGCGAGACCUACCGUGGAAUCGAUAUGCGCGGAUGGGGCAAGGGCCAUUGCACGUUCAGAUCGAUGAGCUCUCUAUUCACCUGGAGUUUGCGUCGACAGCGACCGGGUUACUUUCGAUCUGUCCUCAGCAAUUCGACUCCUCCGACGAAAUCAAGAUCAUGAGCGCACUUGACAUCCCCACAAACGCGGAAAUUAACAUCCAACGUCCUCGAGCCUCACGGAGGCUAGCAUUCGGGCUCUCGCUCAGGACAACCCGGGUUAUUCAGGUUGAGUUCAUUUGGGAGACACCUUUAGUUUAA